CUGUUAUUUCCAUUCUUUAUCUUUGUUUAGGGUUUUCGGUUAUCGUUUAAGCGCUUCUAUUGCUUCUUCGCAAGGUUUCUUUUAAGGAUAAAGGUGCAAUUCUUUCGGUGGAAGAAUGAGGCCUGUAUUUGUGGGGAACUUCGAGUACGAGACUCGGCAGUCGGAGUUGGAACGUUUGUUUUCUAAGUAUGGAAGGAUCGAACGGGUUGACAUGAAAUCUGGAUUUGCCUUCGUUUAUUUUGAGGAAGAACAUGAUGCUGAAGAUGCUAUACGUGGACUUGAUAAUAUUCCUUUUGGCUAUGAUCGACGACGGCUGUCUGUGGAGUGGGCUAAGGGUGAACGUGGUCAACAUCGUGAUGGUUCUAGGUCAGUGACAAAUCAGAGGCCCACCAAAACCUUGUUUGUUAUCAACUUUGAUCCGAUUCGUACUAGGGAUCGUGAUAUAAUGAGACACUUUGAGCCAUAUGGGAAGGUUCUUCAUGUUCGCAUUAGGCGGAACUUUGCGUUUGUGCAGUUUGCUACGCAAGAGGAAGCUACUAAAGCCCUUGAAGCUACACAAAGGAGCAAGUUACUGGACAGAGUUGUGUCUGUUGAAUAUGCUUUAAGGGAUGAUGAUGAGAGGGAUGACAGUCAUGGUAGCCCUAGAAGAGGAGGUGGCUAUGGUAGACGUGGGGUCAGUCCAUAUGGGAGGUCCCGAAGUCCUGCAUACCGCAGGCGACCAAGCCCUGAUUAUGGUAGGGCUCGUAGUCCUGUUUACGAUCACUAUGAUGGUCCUGCUUAUGACAGGCACCGGAGUCCUGAUUAUGGGAGGCAUAGGAGUCCCGAGUAUGACAGACUCCGCAGUCGAUCGCCUGUUAGAAGGUCCCGAACAUAGAAGGGCAUUAGAUGAAUGGUGAAGGUUUUGUUCAGCACAUGGGUCAAUGUUCUCAAGUAUUUUGUGGCUCUAUGCCUAGCUGUGAACGUGUUUUGUAGAAGAAUGAAUUAGCAUUUUCUUUUCUUUCCCAUUAUAUGUUUAGGAAGACCAUUGUAGCUUAGAUCAAACUAGAAUUAACAGUAAUACUCGGUUUUAGUUGAGAUUAAUAGUUUGCUUGAUUUGUAGAUUAGACCAAAGUAGAAUUAG